CAAACUCUGAAAAGCCGGCCAUUUCCAAGCAUACCCAAGCGUUAUUAAGUUUGAUCGGAACUCACCUUGUCGAGGAACAGAAAACACUCAUUUAUUGUUAUUCACAUAAAGACCGAAAAUGACUUCUCAACAGAAAUUUCCUGGAAAAGAGGGUGGCGAUAGCUCAAACGAGCAAGGUAAAAUGUUCAUAGGAGGCUUAAGCUGGGAGACGACUCGCGACAACUUACUACGAUAUUUCAGCCAAUAUGGUGAAGUAGUUGACUGUGUGGUGAUGAAGAAUCCAGAAACUGGAAGAUCAAGGGGCUUUGGGUUCAUUACUUUUGCUGAUCCAAAUAAUGUUGGUUUGGUUCUCCAGAAUACACCCCAUAUACUUGAUAACCGUACAAUUGAUCCCAAGCCAUGUAAUCCACGUGCUGAAAUGGUGCGCGCUCCUCGUCGGAGUAUGGGGACAGGCAAUGGAUACAAAGUAUUUUUAGGCGGGCUUCCAUCGAACUUGACCGAAACAGAUCUUCGCAACUUCUUCUCCCAGUACGGGAAAGUUACUGAAGUCGUCAUCAUGUACGACCAGGAGAAGAAAAAAUCACGAGGCUUUGGCUUUUUGACCUUUGAAUCGGAGGAGUCGGUGGAUCGCUGCUGUGGUGAACACUAUGUUUCAAUCAAUGGAAAACAGGUUGAAAUCAAGAAGGCUGAGCCCCGCGACACUCGAGGAUCAUCCGCUGGAAUGAGGCGUGGAGGACACAAUGGUGGAUGGGAAGGUCCCGGCAUGGGGAUGCAUGGGGGUAUGGGACCUAUGGGUGGCCCAAUGGGAGGACCGAUGGGUCCGCCCAUGGGUGGCGGAUAUCAAGGAUGGGGUGGACCGGCAAAUCAAGGAGGUUACGGAUAUGGACCCCAAGGUGGAUAUCAAGGAUGGGGCCCACAAGGACAAUGGGGAGGUUAUGGAGGGGGUCCAGGAGCCAGUUAUGGUUAUGGCCCCCAAGGUGGACCGCAACAAGGUGGAUACAACAACUGGAACUGGGGUGGACCAGGCCCUCAAGGAGGUCCUGGUGGCCCAGGUCCCAAUGGGGACAUGUAUGGUAGAGGUCCAAAUCCUACAAAUGGAGGUCCUCCGGGUGCUGCUGCACCCACCGGUCCUGGCGUCCCUGGAGUGAAAACAGAGCCUGCUCAGUAUGGUGCUGGAUACGGAACCAAUGGUUAUGGCACAGACGUAAACCAAGGGUACCGAGGAGGUUACGCUCAGGACGCUAGUGCCCAAGGAUACGGUGGUGGGCAAGGCUAUGGCAAUCCCGAAAGAGUUCCACCCCCUGGUGUAGCACCUGCUGGUAAUGGAAUCGGUGUUCCAGGAACGGGAGCAGGCACUGCCGGUCCUGGAGGGCCAGGUCCUCAAAGAGGUGGACACCAUCACCAACCGUCGCAAUCUCAAUAUCACCCGUAUCGCCGAGGAGGUGUCUGAGAGAUCCGUGUUCUUGUUUUUGUGUUUUAAGUUGCACAUUGUCUAGCUAUAAGCUGGAUAAAAGUUUGAAUGAUGGCCAACGUAUCGUGCAUUCGGUGUGUUCUUGUCUGUAUCGUUUCCACGUUUCUCUUUGAAUCCCACCCUUACAUUACGUUCUGAACCUGAGCUAUUCAUGACUUUUCGAUGCAUAACGUUCGAAUAAAACUGUAGUUUAUUAGGUCUUAAA